AAGAAGAAGAAGCCGAAGAAGCAGCAAGCAGUCUGCUGUUUUUUUUAGCUACACAUCAUAAAUGUUUAAUGACAUGGCUGUGUGGAACGAGGCUGUUGAAAACGAGCUGAUCAACUUAAUUCUGGAGCGGCCAUCUCUGUACGACAUCACGGAAAAUCAAUAUGCUAACCGAGUGGCGAAAGCGGAGUUAUGGCGUGAGAUCGAAAGCAAGCUGGCCAUAUCGGAUAAAGAGCUGAAGAAAAGGUGGGAGUCUCUACGCACACAGUACUCGAGAUACAAAAAACUCCCUCCUUCAGGAAGCCUUGGAGUUCAGAGGACUGGCAGGCAGCAGUGGAUCCUGAACAGGCUUCAGUUUUUAGAUCCACACACUAAAAAGAGAGAGAACACGUCCAGUAUUAAAAAGGAAUCUUCUGUCAAUAGUGAAUCUGGUCCAUCCUCAGAUUGCAAUGUGACCUGUUCCUGGACCACUGAUGAGUCCAGCUUCUUGGAGGAGCCUUCGCCAAGGCCUUUCAGUGGGCACCUGAGCACAUCAAGGCAUCGUUUGAAGAGAAGCAGGAAAACUUUAGAUGAUUCCUCAAGCGAAGAGUCGAGCAAUUUAAUGCGAACAAUUGGUAAAACCCUAGAAAAGCUAGCUUCACAGGAGAGCCAGAAUGACGCUAUUUCUGCAUACUGCAGAAGCCUGGAGCACAGGAUGCGAAGCUUGCCCCCCAAUUUACUCCCACAUUUUCAGCAUGAGGUGGACAAUUGCAUUUUUAAGUAUUUAGUGGGCGAGAGUCAGGGCCAACAGUGAACAACUUCAUCUUUAAUUGCCAACAAAUAUAUACAAAAAAAGUGUAGUGUAUAUAUAUUUUGUCAUCUAGUUGUUCUUUUUUUAAAUCUUUAAAUGUACAUAUUAUUUAAUAUAUUUAUUUAAUAAAAGUGUGACUUCCCUCUCUAUUUACAUAUACACUCACUGGCCAUUUUAUUAGGUACACCUUACUAGUACCCCCUUCAGAACUACUUUAAUCCUUCGUGGCAUAAAUUCAACAAGGUACUGGAAAUAUUCUUCAGAGAUUUUGGUCCAUAUUGACAUGAUAGUAUGAUGCAGUUUCUGCAGAUUUGUCUGCUGCACAUCCAUGAUGCGAAUCUCCUAUUCCACCACAUCCUAAAUGUGCUUUAUUGGAUUGAGAUCUGGUGACUGUAGAGGCUAUUUGAGUGAACUCGUUGUCAUGUUCAAGUGAUUCAAGAGAUGCUCGUCUGCAUACCUCGGUUGAAAUGAGUGGCUAUUUGAGUUACUGUUGUCUUUUUAUCAGCUCGAACCAGUCUGGCCAUUCUCCUCUGACCUCUGACAUCAACAAGGCAUUUGUGCCCACAGAACUGCCGCUCACUGGAUAUUUUUUAUUUUUCAGACCAUUCUCUGUAAACCUUAGAGAUAGUUGUGGGUGAAAAUCCCAAUAGAUCAGCAGUUUCUGAAAUACUCAGACCAGCCUGUCUGGCACCAACAACCAUGCCAUGUUCAAAGUCACUUAAAUGACCUUUCUUCCCCAUUCUGAUACUCUGUUAGAACAGCAGCAAAUCAUCUUGACCGUGGGUGUUUCUCAAUUCCAAGAACGCAGAAAACGAACUUGCGUUCUUGUGGAGACCGGUCUUGCCAGGUGUCCUCGGAAAAACGAACUCAGGAGACCGCGAAAAUAGAGAACGCGUCCUGUGAGAAAUGAGAGGCUGCGUUCUUCCUGAUGGUCACGUGACCCUCACACGUUUUUUUUUAUGGAAAAUUAUUUAAACAUUACAACAUUCAUACAGCGAUUUAUUGUUUUUUCACUUUUCAAAAUAUAUACUAUGCACAAAAACAUUAUAAAUAUAUGUUGCACAAUAUAAAUAAAACUGAUUUUAAUACGAAUUUCAGCAAACAAUCACCCUUAAUAUGUUUAUUCCUUUAUUAAGAGGUCCAUGGUAUCUUUUACUUUGACCGUUUCAUUUAGGGAAACUCCUGAACUCUCUGAACUUUAACAAUAAAUCAAAGAAAAAUGCUGUGCUUCCCACCGCCAGUCACAAUGACUUAUGGGACUUCUAGAGCGAGACCGGUGCUCAAGUCUGCAUUUUUGCAUCCUCGAUAUCAAGAAAACAUCCGGGAAGUUUCACGCAUCCUCUGUUCUUGCGGUCUUGAGUUUUGGAACUAAACUUUGGCAGCUGAUGAUGACAAGAACAUGAGGACGCAAGACCGCUAAAGAAUGCAUAUUGAGAAACAGCCCAUAUCUACAUUCCUAAAUGCAUUGAGUUGCUGCCAUGUGAUUGGCUGAUUAGACAUUUGCGUUAACAAGCAGUUGGACAGGUGUGCCUAAUAAAGUGGCCAGUGAGUAUAUACUGCACAUUUGUAAAAUAAAAAACCUUUGGUACAUGAUACUUUGUUUGAGCGCAUUGUUUUUUUUUUGUUUUUUUUUUGUGCAACUAGGACAAUGGACCACUUUUUGGGUGCAAACAAAGUUUGUGGGUGAACUAUAUUUACUAAACAUAUUGAACAUCAAUCAGCGUUUUCUUGGUUGCAUUUUUUUGAGCAUUAAGCUGCGAUUACAUUGGGCUUUGUGUGUGCGAAAUUCUGUCGUACUGCGCUGCAAAAAGGGGCGGAAAUAAACAAGAUGUGUAGACAUUAAAAAAGCCAGCUCCAUGUUUUAAAUUUCUGUCCAGAGAGGUCAUGUUUUGAUCCUCGAUUGGUCUCACACAGUCAAGUGAUGCGAUUUCGCAGGUCAAAUUUCACCAAGCUUGAACUUUGCACCACAGCAACCUGCGAAACUUGACGCAUGACCUUGCGUUUCCGCUCUGACGCAUUCGCGUGCGUAUGAAUGGAAGUCUAAAAGGACUCUAUCUAAAAGGAAAUGAAUUUUUCUAAAGACAGUGGUCAAUAUUUCAAGCAAGCUUCUCAAAAAAUGAGCUGAUCUGUGUGUCAAUAGAGAUUUUUUGCAAAUGAAAUGGACAAGUGUCCUUCUAUUUUUCUCUUGAUUUUAAAGCACAUCAAUCCCUUCAUUUGCCUAAACAUGAGUUAUUAGAAAACUGCCCAAAUGCAUCAUUUGAAUCAGUAUUUUUUAUGUUGAAAACUAUGCAAUCACAGAAGUAUUAAAUGAGCAAAGGUCAAAAGUUGUUACAUUUGUAAAAUAUAAUGCAUUUCCAUCCUCUGUUAUUUUUGAUUACAAACACUGUUUAAUAAAGUUGUUGAAAUGCAAAUUGCAAGUCUGUGACAGAUAU